CCCCUAAUAUAUUUACUUUUAUUCCCAUAUACAUCAAAAAAUUUCCAAAUUCCCUCUUUUUCCUUUCUCUCUCUAUACCUCACUGAUACAUCCGCCUCUUCCUUCAUCCUUGCCCUAAUUUGCUCUAGUUAAUUUGUUAUUCUUCAACUGUUAAUCAAUUUCAAGGUUCCAAAUAAGGUAUAUUUCAAUCUUCCCUUAUAUGGAAUUUUACUUCAUUCUCAUUCAAUCUGAUUUCUCCUAAAAUUUGUAUAUUUUGAUUUCUUCUGAAAAUCUUUGAAAAAUCUUCUAAAUUUUUAUCAUUUGCUUUCUUCUGUAAAUCUUUCUAUUUUUGUUUCUCAUACCUUCAAUGAUACAUAUGGAAUCCGUUCAUGGUCUCAAAAAGUCCAAUAAAAAUCAACGAAUUCUUGUUUCUCCUGGUUUUGAUUCGUCUUGGGAAGGUUACGACGAAGUUAGAUCCAAACAUCGUAACGAUCCAGCAGUGAUGAAUAAGCUACGUGAGAAAUUGAAGUCGAAAGCUACAGUUAAACAUGCACCCAAAGAAAUAGACAACAAGAUUGAAGGGGUUACAACAUGCCCUAAUCUCCCAAAGGAAAUGAAAUACGUCAUCAAGAAGAUCCCGUCCCACCCAUUGAGAUUCGGAACGGCAUAUGGGGCUAAUUUUCUUGAUGAUUUUGAAUCAUCAAUAGGUGAAGAAGGUAUAAAGUUAUUUAGGAUGGAAUUUCUAUUCCAAAUACUGGACUACAUGCCGAAUUCUUCCGUUCAAGAUAUGCCACACUAUUGUGGAAUUUUGGUUGUCGAAAGGCCAAGGAUGGUUAUGUUAGCGAUACCGAAGAUCCUAAAAAUCUAAGAGAGAUUUCAUAUCUUCUAGUCAAGGAGAACCGAUGGACGUCGAGUAGUUUUUUUUUGAAUUUUGUAUUAGAAGAAUGUACAAUUACCAGACUUUUAAGUUUUUCUCAUGUAUGAAACUCUAAUAUAAGAUGAAAGUUUAUAUAUCAUAUUAUCAAGCAUCAAACUUGACUGCUUCUUGAUUCUGAUACAUACUAUUAAUGUAUCAUAUUCUAAUGUAUAAAACUUGA